AUGAUAUACAGAGAUGUUCAAUAAACAAACUACAUUAUUGCAAUGUAUGAAACUAUGAACAUCAGAAAAGAUCAGUUCUCAGAAAAAGCAACAUAUAAACAAAUGUUUUGUAUCUCACAACUAAAUCUACACUAUAUAAACAAAUUUAGUUUUAGAAAUACUGAAGUGGCAACUUUAAAGUAAAAGGGUGUGAGCAUUGGUAUUGGGGGACAGUCUCUAUCUUGCAUGAUUUUCUUUUGCAUCCAUAAUUGUACUAUGCGUAAUCAGCCUGAAAAGACUGAUUAACAGCUUACACAAGUCCUCCUUUAUUCCAUUUGUCUGUUAAUUUUUGUUUGGUGAUGACAUGAUUGUGCAAGGAACUACAGAUGGUUUUAUUUUAAUGGUGCCAAAGCUUAGUCCUUUGUCCUUUUCAAUUGGAUGCUAGCAUCUCUGUUUGCUUCUGCUCUCCCUGAAUAAUUGAUGUGCAUAGUGUAUCAUAAUGUAUUAUUUUUUAUCUUCCAUUUGGUCAAUCAAAAAGAACAUUUCAUCUCAGAGCAAAACUAAAGCUGGGAAAUACUAUGUCUCCUAAAUGUUAGGCAUGAUGAAUAAUAAUAGUCAUUAACUUUGGAAUAAUAUGAAAAGCAAAAGGAAUGAUACAUAAUAGGGGAGUGUAGGUAACCCUCACUACCACUACUUCCAGCUUCUGUUUUUAACAUCUUGCCUUACUAUAAUAGGAGCCUCAUCUUGCUUAUCCAUUCAUCAGUUGAUGAGCUUUGGGUUUUCUCUACCUUUUGCCUAUUAUGAAUAAUGGUUCUAAUGAACAUUCAUAUACAAGUUUUUGUUAGAACAUGCUUUCAGUGCUCUUGGUUGUAGACCUAGAAAUGAAAUUGCUGAGUCAUGGUAAAUCUGAGUUUAACUUUGAAGAACUGUCAGACUGCUUUCCAAAGUGGUCCAACUACACCACAUUCUUACCAGCGUUUAUGUGAAUUCCAGUUUAGCCCUGUCCUUUUCUUUUAUCUCUAGCACUUUUUUAUUUUGUUAUUUGAAAUCACACUUGUUAUUUCAAAAAGAUAACUUGUCUGUUUUGAAGGUGUCUGUUCUAGUGAGUCUGAAAGUGGCAUCUCAUGCCUUUGAUUUACUCUUCCCCCAUGGCAAACGAUGAUGAACAUGCCUUCAUGUGCUUAUUGGCCAUCUGUGUAGCUUCCUUCACGUCCUCAAUGUUUUUUAAUAUGAAAGUACUCACCAGCAGACUGUGUUUCCCUCCCAUGUGAGAUGUAAGUUUCAGAGCAGAACCUGCCAUCCUCCUUUGAUAUUCCCAGCACAUAGUUUCUGGGGGCUAGUAGGGGCUCAGUCAAUGAUUGCUGACCUCAGCUGCAAAAGUAGGCCAUGGGACAGGGAAGAUACAAUGGCGAAGGAAAGAAGCCCAGCCCAGUGGAUUGUAGAGAGAAAGUAGUUUUCAUCAUAAAGUAUUGUAGGAUUUGAAAGCAAUCUGAGAUGAUUUUGGUUUUGUUACCAUCCUUCCCCUUCACCAUGUAAUUUCAUUUCAGGGUGUUGGCAAUGGGAGGAAACAGUAAAAGUGAGACAAGUGUGAUGUGGACAGAAAAAACUAAGUUUGAAUGAGAGCUAAGCUUAUCACUGCUGUUCCUUAUCUGUCAUCAAGUAAAAGCAACCACCUAUCAACAUUAUCAACAUAAGACUGAAGACAAAACAGUGUAUACAGAAUUCACACUGAACAGGUCCCUAGUUUCUAAAGAUCAGCCAUUCAUCUUGUGAGAAUCAGUAUAGCCUUGGAUCUUCAUGAAGAAAUUGAAGGAACAAAAGAAUGGAAAGGAGGGAGGGGGAAGGACAGAAAGGAAGUUUUUCUUAAUGCUAUCAUAAUUCAUGGAUCUGUGAGAAUGAUGAAGGCUGUGGACUCAUAUUCUAUUAAACAAUGCCCAUAAGCAUUAACUAUCACAUUCUAUUUCAGGGGUUCUCCUUUAUUACGAUUUGUGAAUCCUAAUUUAAUGACCUUUGCCUAAAGGUGGAGCCUACAACAACCUUUUUGUCAGCUGCUUCUGAUUUAAUUGCUCAUAGACAUAACUAUCACCUAAGUAGUUUGAUUUUGUAUUUAAGAUAAAGAUUAAGAUAAAGGCAUCCUUAAAGUUGAUUUCUUAGCUGCCUGAAAUUCCCAGUGUCAUCACUGAAAAAGUCCUGCAGCUUUUGAGUGGGACUCAAUUCUGUACAGUAAGCUCUUUGAAUUUGAGAGAAUAGAAAAACCUGCAUCAUUAUUUAUGGUUCUUUGAACUUGUGGCAGUAUCAAGCUGUCAGAUUCCUAAAUGUGAAGAGAGGAAAUCCUGGAAGCAAGUCCCUUGGAUGACUCUCAAACUUAUCAAAGGCAGAGACAUAAUCUGUUGAACUACAGGAAGAUGCUACCCUCAGGUUGAACUGUUCCUGCUUCUUCCAUAAGUCCCAAGAGACCAUUACCACUCAGCUAAAACCCAUCUUUAGCUCUUGAUGUAUGCUCCAAUUUUUUUUUUUUUGAAAAUAAAUUGACUCAUUAGAGCUAAUAGCAUUUUAUUAAAAUAGCAAGCAAUUAGUGGCUGUUAUUCAGAUGUUCAAGGCUCUUUAACAUUAAGUAACCUACGCCCAUUUAAUUUUAGGUCCCUGUUCUAGAUUCUGAAACACUGCUGUUCAGAAAGUGGUUAUCGAAAUGCCCCUUUCGUCAUUAAGAUAAAGAGCUCAUAAUGUUCACUGAGCACAUGAUGCAGAAGGAGACGGGAAAUAUGUCACCGGAUGCUGGGAAGGGAACUGUGAACCAAGCAGGCCUGCUCCCUGCCAGCAAGUCCCUGUGACACAGGCAGCAGGGAAGCCCUUCUAGCCAGGCAGGAACUCAUUUUGGAAGCUUCUUGGAGGCUGUGAGCCUUCUGUCAUUUUGGCUCUGUCACUUAAUGCCUAUGCAGAUUUAAUUAAAAAUUAUCACCAGCAGAGCAAAAGGAAACAUUCCUGCAGCCCUGUUGGAUGAUGUCCUCGUAUUUUCAUGUUUCCCUUUUAUUGACAAUUCAGCAAAACAUUCAAGGCUGACUCUCCAGAGUCUAGUGUUGUAUCUGCCAUAAAGUAGGUGUCCAAUUAAUACUUAAAUGAGGAAUAGAAUGAAUACUGUAUCCAAGGGAUCAUGUUUAGUGUGGGGAAGGUAGGACAAAGAUGAGCUCAGGUCCACCCUGCGUUUAGGGAGCUUGUAAUUCAAGGCAGAGUUGUCCAUGAUAAAUCUGUGCCAGUAUAGAUGGAAGGAAACGGAAUGGAAGCAUUUCAGCUGGGAACUUCUUGAGGCAUCUGGGAUGGCAACAUUCCUUCUCCUAGGUGCCUGUCCUAUAUUUACUUUGCAGUUUCCUGAUGAGACUGUAUUUGCCCAGAAAAGAAAGUCCUAAUUGGAUCACUGCCUUCCUACAUUUAAUGACAUUCCCAGGCUACCUUUCCAGCAUGAUUUACUACUUAGGGAGUGUUUAACCCUGGCAGGCAAAAGAUCCCCUGUCAUUGUUUUGCAAAUAGAAAUACAAAAUCCUUUGUCCGUAAGGCUAUUUGGAGAGGUGGAGAAAUAAUUACAAGUUUUAAAUAAUUAGAAAAUGUAAAAAGUAAAAAAAAAAAAAAAGCAAAUGAUUAGGGUCACAAUAAUUUAAUCCACUUUAGGCACUGAAAUGUUAAAAUCUGAAGUUGAAAGAUGUUAGUGUUGGCUUGUCAUCAGACACCACCCAGCUAUUGAAAUUGGAGACCUGGCCACAUGCUGAACUAUAAUAACCUCACAACAAUAGAGGAGGAUUGGCUGUUUCAAAAAAAGCAGUUUCCCACAUUCAGAGGCAUUUGCUAGAAAACUCAGAAGGCAUCAAGUAGGUUAGUGAAAUUAAUCAGCACCAGUUCCAUUAAUAGAGGCUCCAGCACACACGACGGGAGACCCUGGAUGUGUCUGUUCUUAUCAGGAGCAUUGUUUUCACUUCAAAGUUACAGCAAGACAACUUACCUGGAAUAGGCCAUUCUUACAUAACAACUUGAGCUUCUUAGGGGAGAAAUGAGAGCUUCAAUUUACACAACUUCUCCCAAGGUUGCCCAGCUUUUCCUAUUUGUGGGGCAAAGGUGCCUGGAUGCAUGUUGUUUGUGGUGGGGUGAAGUAUGGGUGUGUGCACUGGGAAGAGGGGAGUGCUUUCUAACACCCUGGUGUCUAACACACUAGGUUCAAAUCUUCAUAUUACUACUUAAUGAUUCUGUGACCUUCAGCUACUAGUUAUCUUCUUAGAACUUUAUGUUCUGCAUCUGUAAAAUGGGUUGUCAAAAAACAAAUAGAUGAAAUUAAUGAAUAGAAAGUGUUAGAUCUGGCAAAAAAGAAUUCCUCUCAAGGUUUCCAUAUCACAUUACCCCAGUUUACGUAAAUGAAAGAAUACUUGCUACAGGAGGACCCUUUGAUAAGAAUGUGAAUUCAAAGGUGAUAGUUUGACAUCAAGCAAGGAUAUGGGAGUAUAUAAAACAGCAGAGAAAUAAGACUACAGAAAAGCCUAGUAGCUUUUUAAGUGUUUUAGAUCAUUGCCAACUUUUACCACAUGGUGACAUUUACUGCCAUAAUUGACUUAAAAAUAGAUCAAGUCAUUGUGAUGGUAGAGUAGGUGGAAAAUGAUGCGUAUCAAGCCAGAAAAAUGUUUUAAGCAUUUGCAAAUAUUUUUAUGCAGCAUAAAAAUUAAAAUUUUAGUGCUUAAAGGGAAGAUCUUGAUAUAUGGAAACUGCAUUCUUUGACAAGGCACUUUUCUGAUAGCUCACCAGUUAUAAGCAAAAGUGUUCCAGCAGCAAAGCCCAGCCUCAAAUAUAGGAUGUAAUCUGUUUCAAAUACUGAAAGCCUUAUGAAAAUAUUUGGAAGGAUAUAUUAGAUGUUGUUGUCAACUUGGGUUGCACUCUGAUUUCAUUAAAAUUAUUUUGAUCUGAUAGUUAUGAGUUCUGACUGUCCCAUGCAGAAAUUCUAACUCAUUUAAUCCUAAUAUUAUUAUCUCCCAUUUUAUAGACAGGGAAACUGAGGCACAGAGGCAUUAAAUACUUUAUCCAGUGUUGUGUAGUUUGUAAAUGGAUUUUAAACAGGGUAGCCUUUCUCCAAACUCUUAAUUACUGUGAUAGUUGUUAAGAUCUGUCUCCAAAGGAGUAAUUUUAAUUGCAGUAGGGGAAUGUAGCAAUUAAGAAAGAUGUAUUGAUAUAAAGAAUGAAUUAUUUUUCUUUAAUCUUUGUAGAGCCCUAAAAUGCUUAUUAAUUCUUAUAUAUUAGCAGAUACAAUCCAUAUGUAGAUUAUACUGGCUGUUGCUGAUAAAAAAAUCAAUGAGCCUCAUUAUAACUUCAGUGAAGCACAGAAAGUUGAACACAUUAAGGCUGUUUGGAUGCAGAUCAGUAAAAUAAACCAGGAGGAUGAGGACCUGAACAUCAAAGGAAUGUUAAGGUCCUCAGUGAUCUCUGUUUAUUCAUGAGCCAGUCCUUUCUCUACUUAUCAAAAUGUUUUAUGUGCUGCCUUAGUAUCCUAAAUGCUUUCUUUUAAAUAAGAUUUACUUCCGUAAAAGUGAGAGAGAGAGGGCGUUCAUCUGCUGGUUCACUCCCAAGAUGGCCACAACAGCCAAAUCUGGAUCAGGAAGAAGCCAGUAUCCAGAAACUCCAUCUGAAUCUCCCAUGUGGGUGGCAGGGGCCCAGCUACUUGGGCCAUCACCUUUUGCUGCUUUCCCAUGUGCAUUAGCAGGAAGCUGUAUUAUAAGUAGAGUAGCUGGAAUUCAAACUGGCACUCUGAUGUGUAACGUCAGUUUCGCAAGCAACAGCUUAAGCCACUGCACCACAAUGCUGCCACCAUGAAUACUUUCUUAAUGAAGAUCAUUAAACUUUAUCAAAUUAAACAAGAUCCUUUGCAUUUAUACUGGCAUGGAUCUCUGAAACUUCCUUUGACUCCUAGGGAAAGAAUUCUCACCCAAGAUACAGCAGAUAAUGUUUGAUAAUGGACUAUAUUAUAGUCUAUCACUUCUGCCCAGCAGGGACCAAAUCACUAAAAUAAAGCUUAAAUGUGAUGAGUGGACUUAAGUGUUUCUCUUAAUGGUAGAAUCAUGUAUUCAUUCUCAUGCCUCUCUCCCAUCUGGGCUUUUGAUGAUGUACCAGAUUGAUUUAAUGAGGCCAAAUGGACCUUUAAUGGAUUUUCCCUAAGAAUUAGUGAAUUAUCCUCUUCUCCCCCAAAGUAACUGUCAUCUAAAUCCCAGGUCUGCUUGGAUUUAUUGCAUGUACAGUGUUCUUAGCCACUGAUUUGGGGGCCUGCCAAGGGCUUGGUAAAUAUGCUAAUGUGUUGAAAACAAAGCAUUCGUUCCACGGACCACACACCCACCAUUCCACAGAGUUAUCAACUGUCAUUGUGACAGAAAUAGACCUGACAUUCCUUUUAUACACAAAUUUAUACAUCAUGAGUUGUAUGUUAUUCUGAUGUAUACUGUAAGUUGGGCUUUUUUUUUUUUCUAAAUGGAUAUUGGCAUGGUUAAAAGGAUCCAACAGAGUAUGGUGAAAUAUUUGGCUUUAGCAACAGUUUGGGCUCAUUCCCACAUCCUGAAGGAGCCAGAGGAAGGCCAAAUCACCCAGAACCCAGAGGGAGAGAACUCAGGUGAAGAAGCCAAGACCCUCGGCAGAGGAACACAGCCACUGGCUGGGGAGGAGCCGGAAUGAUAAGUACCUUGACUGCAUUAUUUUUGUUACUAGUACAUUUGGUUGUGUGGCAUUUUGGUAUACUGUAGAGUUGUUUCACAAGAAGUUCUAUAUUGUACUGCAUGGUAUGUUCACUUGGGUUAUCCAGUGAUUCAGUUCUUCUGCUAGCUAAAUCUGUAUCUAAUGGCAGCAAAAGGACAUCAGUCAGCUACCUGAAUAUAAACCAUGGUUUAGUGAGUAAUACUUAUAAAACAUGGAUGCAGUGAGCCUGCAUACCCAGAUGCAUGGACAGGAGUUCUGGAAGCAUUGCAUGAAGGUGAUCACUAUGUGAGAGUUUAAAUGAAAGUGAAGUCUCUCUCUACUACAUAGCAAGAAGAGGUUACUGCUAAAUCUAGGUUUGAAUCUUGGAUAUACAUUUAACUAGCUCCUAUUUGCAGAUAUUUAUGUAGGCAUUCACUCUGCUAACACCACUGAUCCAGGGAUUAUGGAGAGGGGAGUAAAAGGCAAGAUGCCUAUUCUCAUGGGGCCUACCUUAACAUGGGGAGAUGGCUGAUCCACUAGCAUGCAGCAAGUUGAGUUCAGAUGGUGGCAGUAGAACUAGAUGAUAUGAUAGAGAGCUGCAAGGGACAGGGCAGGGGGAUGUCUGGGGAAAUGAUAUUUGAGCCGAGAACUUGGCCAUUUUCUUUCAGGCUUGGGGAUAAUUGGAGAAGAGCCACAGGUGCUGAGUAGAGCAGCAAAUCUGGAAAAGAAAAGUUUUAGUGAUAGCAAUUGAGGUCUGUGUAGAUUGAGUAACGUGAAGACAUUGAAGGGUUUCAAAGGGGGAGAGAGGAUUUGAUCUGUGCUUGAGGUCCCUCUGUGGAGUUUGGAUUAUCCAGAGGUGACUAGAACACUUAGCCUGAGAUAGAGGCAGAGGAGACAAGAGAAAACUAUCGGGAUGCAGUAUAUAUGACAGACUGUAAGGACCCCCGCAUCAUUUUCCUAAUGAGAUUAUAAAUGCUUAUUUGCUAAAUUGAAUAAACCUUUACAAGUAUGGAUGAAAUAGUCAAUACAUAUUUAAAAAAUAUUAGCCUACUUAUUUAUACUCUAUUCCUAAUUUAGAAAUGUUGCAGAUUUACUCGUAUCAUUUAAAAGUUUUAUGCAGUCUUUCUUAUCUCUAGAACUACUUUUAAUUCAUCUGACUCUCCAGAAACAAUUGGUCUUUACUUCUACCCAUUUUAUUUGCAAAAAGGCAGUAUUGAGUAUGAUACUCCCAUUGGAAAAGGAUUUUUUUUCAAGCCUACAAGUACUGUGAAGAUAUGAGUUAAAGUACUGUAACAAAGAAAGGCCAAAAUGAAGUGAUUAAAGCUGGACAGAUGUUUGUCUCUGGAAAUAGUACAUAGGUGUUUGGGUGAUCCAAGCUGAUAGGCAGCUCUGCCACCAUAACACUUGGCUUCCCUAUGUAGGACCACAUUGCAGUCGUCUGCCGGGCAGAAGGAAGUGGAAAAGGAUUUGUUUGGUGCCUAGGAGGGGUCUUCUCAUUCAGUCAUUUUAAGGUCAAGACAUAGCAUUUCCAACUAUAGCUUAAGACCUCUGAGUCAAAUGAGUACAUGUCACCAUGAAAGAAGGGAAGAAUGAAGGCGACACUGGUGAACUAGCAGGCUGUCACAGCAUCCACUGGAUAGCGUGGGAACUGCUGGGUUUUCUCAUCCUGCAGAUGUAUAUGAGUCUUCUCUAUCUAGAGCUCUUCAGUUGCUGGGUUCAGAGAGCAAGAGAUAGAGGUUAUUGGAUCUCUACAACUUAACCACUGACUGUACUACUAUUUAAAGUCAUAUUUAAAAGAUAAGAAGAGUCAUGCCAUAAAAAUAAUUAUAAAAAUUGUUUUUUAAAAAAUUUCUUUGUCUCCUUCAUUUAAAUAAUACCAUCAGUAGACUUCUGAAGACUGCCAAAGCUAACACAGACUGAAGCCGGUGCAGACUGUGUUUUUUUCAAAUAGUACUUUUUGUUCAAAGAAGGUAAUUAUCCAAGAGCCCUAUAAUAAGCAGCUUUGGGAAGACUCUAAUAUAAGGGAAUUUCUUUUUUGGGAAGUAAUUGUGGGAGGAGCGUUACCUCACCUUAUAUUUAGACACUGAGACAGGGUAGACCAGGACACCUGUAGAGUAGUACCAGGAAGAGGAGGUAGGGGGAGGGAGGAGUUUAUUUUGUAAUGUAAGCAAAUGUUCUUUUUUUUUCAAUGACACUAUGGGGGGAUACUUAAUGCAUCAUAUUUUCAUGUUAUUGUGAGAAUGAUAAAAGAUGUUAGGUAUAUGGCAGAGUUUAUGCAUCAUGUAAAUACUGCAGAACACUAAGAUAAGCAAGGACUUUCUUAUCUUUGCAAAAGUCGGUGUCAGUGUUUUGCAGGAGACAUUUGUAGUGACAGUGCUUGCCUGGCACACAGUAUGUGCUCAAUAAGUGAUCACUUUGAUUAUUGUUGUGAGAAAUGAAGAAAGUUUAAAAAUAGCCCAACUUUAAGCAUUUGAAUGCCCACUCACCAUCUCAUCUGCAUUAGUUCUAUUUUUGAAGAUUUCUCCUUAGUACAAAUGAAUCUGAUAUGAUAUAGGGCUUUGGGGAAAGAUUAAUGAAUGCGUUUUUUUCUGAGCAAGCUCUCAAGUCGAGUUGUCCCAGAGAGCCCUGAAGUCCAUUUUCUUUCCUAAGAACAACACAUCUCCCCGUUCCUGUCUUCCAGGCAGCACUGUGAAGUACCUUGCAUAUUUAAAUAGCUGGAAUUCAUAAAAUAGCACCACGCAUUUUCCUCAAAACAUCACAUGAUUGCUAGUGAAUUUAGGGGAUGUGUGGGGUUUUGAUGUAAUUUCUUGUUUGUCCAUUGAGAUACUAUAAACAGUGUAAAAAAUACUAUGUUUUACUCUAAUAUUGUCAAAUUGUUGUGGAGGCAUUUAGUUCUAUUUGACAGUCUGGUAUUUCUUCAAAUGCUUUGUGUCCAUUCAUGAGGGCGAUGGUUUCAUUUGAAAUGCUGCAGUCACCAGGGAGAAAGCACUGUGCUCUUCCCUGAUAGGCCAGCUUUCCUUCUGCCUCCUGUUGCUAUGGUGCCAAGCACAGUAACUUCCUUGCCCUGCACAUGCAGGAGGUGCGGUCUCCAUGGAUACCCCACUCAGAGACUGUACUCUACAGAGAGAUGAGCUGCACACACUGUAUCUCUGCAAGAGAUAGACCCUGGCCUGUGGUGGGAGGCUGCUUGCAGAGGCAGUGUUUGCCAUGAAAGUCUACGGAGCUUACCUUCUAAGUAGUGAAGCUGAUUUUAGCUCCUCGAGCAGCACGGGCAGCAUUUCCGCUCCUGAGGUUCACAUGUCUACGGCGGGAAGCAAGCGGUCCUCCUUUGCACGCAAUCGAGGUCCUCAUGGUCGGAGUAAUGGCGUCUCGUCACACAAGUCUGGCAGCAGCCCGCCAUCCCCACGGGAAAAGGACCUCCUGUCCAUGCUGUGCAGGAACCAGCUGAGCCCUGUGAAUAUCCAUCCCAGUUAUGCGCCCUCCUCCCCAAGUAGCAGCAACUCGGGUUCCUACAAGGGAAGUGACUGCAGCCCAGUCAUGAGGCGGUCUGGAAGGUACAUGUCAUGUGGAGAAAAUCAUGGUGUCAAGCCCCCAAAUCCAGAGCAGUAUUUGACUCCUCUGCAGCAGAAGGAGGUUACGGUGAGGCACCUGAAGACCAAGCUGAAGGAGUCUGAGCGCCGGCUUCAUGACAGGGAAAGUGAGAUUGUGGAGCUGAAGUCCCAGUUGGCCCGCAUGAGAGAAGACUGGAUUGAGGAAGAGUGUCACCGGGUGGAGGCCCAGCUGGCACUCAAGGAGGCCAGGAAGGAGAUUAAACAGCUCAAACAGGUCAUCGAGACCAUGAGGAGCAGCUUGGCUGAUAAAGAUAAAGGCAUUCAGAAGUAUUUUGUGGACAUAAACAUUCAAAACAGGAAGUUGGAGUCUCUGCUUCAGAGCAUGGAGAUGGCGCACAACGGCUCCCUGAGGGAUGAGCUCUGUCUAGACUUGCCGUGCGCUUCCCCCGAGAAGAGCUUACCCCUCAGCACCCCUCUUGACAAGAUGGCGGAUGGCUCUUCUCCAGAGGAGCCGCUCACGGAGGAAGGAGCUGACAGCGAGCUGUUGCUGGUGGGAGAUGGCGUGGUCGACGGCUCAGGUUUGUUCCAUGAGAUGGUGACAGCCACCACCACGGAGUCUGGAGACCUGGAGCUUAUGCAUUCCAGCCCUGAGGAUGAAGUGCUUGCCAUCCUCCCCGUGGCCAUGGGUCAGGAGGAGGGCAGCGUGGUGGUGGAGCAAGCCGUCCAGACCGACGUGGUGCCCUACAGCCCGGCAGUCUCAGAGCUCAUUCAGAAUGUGCUGAAGCUCCAGGACCCCUGUUGCUCCAGCUUAGCGUCUCCUGCGGAGUCUGGAGCUGACUCGACGGAGAGCUUCCCCGAGUACAUCUCUGCCUUAAUGGUUGAUUUAACCCCAAGAAAUCCGAACUCAGCCAUUCUUCUGUCUCCUGUGGAGACCCCAUACCCCACGGUGGGUAUGGAAGUGCAUGCAAACCGCCUCAUGAGAGAGCUGGAUUUCGCAGCCUACACGGAAGAAAGGUUGGAUGUUAUCACACCACUGUCUCGAAGGGGUGUUGUGGGGCAGUACUGGAGCAGCAGCUUCCUAGUGGAUCUCCUGGCCGUGGCUGCCCCCGUGGUCCCCACGGUCCUGUGGGCAUUCAGUACUCAGAGAGGGGGAACAGAUCCCAUCUACAACAUUGGAGCCUUGCUCCGUGGCUGCUGCGUGGUUGCCCUGCAUUCGCUCCGUCGCACUGCCUUCCACAUCAAAACCUAAAUAGAAGUUGUUACCCUGUGCCAAUGUGUCCGCGUGGCGUUAUGCCAGGUAGAGAAACAGCAGACCGAUCUGUGGCAGUCUCUAUUCUGUUGUUUUGCUCCUCGGUAUUUGAUUUGCACUAUAGUUAGUUAAGCCUGUUCACUGUUUAAAACCGGAGGUAUCUUCUAAGGCAUGGAGCCCUGGUUCCAGUAAAACGUCCCACCAAUGUGGUAUAGAAAGCAUGCUCGUGACCCUGCCGUGUCGUCUGAGGUACCCGUGCUUAUCCUAGUGGUUCAGGAAGAGAAAAUGCAAAGUUUGCACUUUCAGGACAGCUUAAGGCUGGCAUGCUAUCUCCUUGCUUUGCGUUGUGCCGUUUUAAAAUGUGUAAUCGUUCCAGCCUUCCAAUGGUCUUGUGCAUAGCAGGGGACUGUAACCAAAAACAAACAUGUAUUUGUGAAAUUGGUUUGAAGAAGUCUCGAAUAGCUCUUUAGUGUCUUACUUGGGGUUGAUAAAGUUUGAGUGGUUGCAAUUUUUUACUACAUGUAGAUUCAAAGUCUUAAAUGGCUUGUUUGUUCCUAAACCUGUUAAUUGAUGAAAUGUAAGUUUACUAUGUACUAACUUAUUUUUUGCUUAUUAUAUAUAGUGUUUUAUUGGAGACUGUUUGUAACUCCAUACUGCAGCAUGAUGAAAAUCAAGAUUAGUGUUUCCAUUUAAAUAAAUGUUUUAUCCUCCUAUAAAAUGUCUCUGAGU